ACAUAUUGGCUGUCUCUUGCGUGAACUGUGGGCAAGGAAUCUUGAACGUCCUUCGGAACCUGCUGAAAAAAUGGUGCUGAAAGCUGUCUGCGUGCUGAAAGGGGCUGGAGAAACCACCGGUACCGUUUACUUCCAGCAGGAGGUAGGAUGAAUGUUCCUUUUUGUGGGUGAAGAGAUUUUUUAGAUAGUUGCACCCGGAAAUCUGACAUGUUUCCCGAAGGCAGCGUUGGCGCUUGAAUGCUAAGCUGGCUAAGUUCCUUCUACAGACGCAGGCAUGCUAGCAAAGUUGGACCCCUGGUUGUGGGUUGGUCCUAGCUUUCUAGCUACAUGGGCAUAAAACUGUGACAUGCUUAACUCUGAUUUUUACAAAGUUAAGCGUUAUUUCACAGUGUGCGCAUUCAUGUGACAUGAGUCUGCAUGUUGAAAAAGAAGUCAGCCUCAUCGUUAGAUAAGUGCGCACUCAGUCCUGAUCUGCUGAUGGUCAUUUUCACUUAAAAUAAAGCGUGAAUGCAAACACAUUCUGAUAAGGAUCAAUAAACAGCCGAAAAUAUCACCAUGUCAUUAAACUCAUAACCUUCGACCGUUGAAGGCCUGUGAUUCGUUAAUGAUCAACUGCGCGUGCCUUGAAAACGCCUGUUGCACAACUUCCACGUUUCAUUGAUAGUUUGUUAUCAGAAGUGUGGUGUGAUCAGCUCAACCCUUAACCAUGUCAGGCAACAUUUCAGCUUUGAGUUGUUUUCUUGUCUGAAAUUAGCAGGAGUCAGAGGCUAAAUAGUGAAAAAUGAAAAGUCCAUGUAUGAUAUUUUUGCUGAGUCAUUGCCAGUCUGGUUUUAUGCCAUGACCUGGAGGAUCUGGCCUCGAUGUUGAAGGGAGGGGACUGCUCAAACAAUGUUUUAUCGGCUGAUGGCCACAGCAGCAUUCAACUGACAAUCUACGGUGGCCGAGAACUGCCACUGCUGCAAAUAAAAAAGAGUGCAAAAAAUAGUAAGUUACCGAUGCAAAAAAAAAAAAAAAAGUGAGAGAAACCAAAGCCCAAAUAAAAAAGAGAGUGCAGAUAAAAAAAAAACACAAUGGAAGAUAACGAUGCAGAAAAAAGAAGCCACAAUGGAAGUUACCGAUGCAAAAACAAAUAAGGAAAAGGAAAAGAAACCGCAUCAUUAACUUUCGUUGUGGCCUUAUCUGCACCAUUUAUUUAUUUGCAGUGGGCUUCUUUUUUUUGCCUCAGUAUCUUCCAUUGUGACUUCUUUUUUUUAAUUGCAGCAGUGGCCAUUCUUGGCCACCGUAACAUUCAACCUUCUAUAGUAACCACUGAGGUUUUCUUUUCAAACACUGAUCUUCAUAAUUUCCACUUUUUAAGGAGCUUCUACAUUCCCAGUUUUUAGUUGACAUGGUCAGACAGGUGAUACAUUUUCUUUGAAGUUGAGGUACUAAAAUGUAUCUCGUGAAAACUGUCAAACAUUUUGCUCCCGUUAUAUUUAUGAAUGUAGUUGCCAAAAAAUUAGUGACAUCUUUCUAUAUAACACAUCAAUGUUAAGUACAGAUAACAAUAUUAACCUGUCUAAUCAUCUCUUACUACAACCAGUGAACUGCAAACAGCAUUUAUGUUAUCAUCCUAGUAUAAACAGUCCAGAUGGUCAGCAUAAGAUAAACAGAUGCUCAUUACUACCGGGAGCCUCAGACUUUGUACAAGGGUUGCAUUAUCUCUCUUGACAAAGUCUCCUCAUUCAGCUCACAAAAACAAACACACAUGCUGUUCUGCACAUUCAAUGUAUGACCAAAUAAAUGCUAUUGGAGGAAACUUUCAGGGUGCCUAGCCACUUUGCUGUUUCACAGGCAUCAUAUUAAACACAUACUUUCAUGAACAAAUAUUUAAAAGUACUUGUAAGUUGCACUUUGAUCUGAUAAGUGGGGCCCCUUUUAUUGUUCUAUACCACCCACAAUGCACUGUGCUGUUCCUCUGCUGUCCACUAUACGUGGAUGCAGCCACUAAAGCCUAUGAGAUUCUAAAAAUAAAUCUGUUAAUUUCAAAACAACGAUUUCUUCUCUGAGAUGAUAGGGAAAAAAAAUGUCAACAUUAAUUAAAAGGCCAGUUUUGUAAUACAAAAAGGCCAUGGGUAAUCAUACUUGGAGUUAAAUUAUGGUGAAUAAUUGCUAUAAAUUUCCUAUUUCCUCCAAAGGGUGGCCUGAAACUGCGUCAGCACCCCUGCCUGUUACGUUGCUUAGCAGCGUCAGCAUGGUUGUUGUUGCUCAUACAAGCACUUGAAUUAAAAGCUCUGUCAUUGACUGUCCGGACAAGGGCUUAUUGGGUUCAAGGAGAUUAUGCCAUUUGUAUAAGAUUACAUCUGUCUGGACUGGAAUUUUUCACUUAUUAUUUAGCAGUGUCUUAUGGCUCCAAAAGUCAAAAUCAAGUUGAACAACUAUCCCUUUUGUUUUCCUUGUAUCUCUCAUGACUGGCUUAGUCAUAUGAAUAAGAGGGAAAUAAUCCCUGUUUUACACACUUGAGCUCAAAGCCCCUCCAGCCAUCUGGCUUUGGCAGCUCUUUUCUGUUUGUACUCCUGAUAAAUGGUGUUAUCCUGAUCUUUUAGAGUGCAUCAGACCCUGUGAAGCUAACAGGCGAAAUCAGUGGCCUUACCCCUGGCGAGCACGGUUUCCAUGUCCACGCAUUUGGAGACAAUACCAAUGGUAAGCAUCUGAAAAUAUCAGAAUAAUAUAUUUACCCCCAACAAUGCUAGAUAUUCAGUUUUUUCUCAUAUUACAGUAAUUAAAAGUGGAUAUUUCUGUAUUGCUUACUUAUUAUAAAGUCUCUUUUUUCCUUUGUUGCAGGGUGCAUCAGCGCAGGCCCUCACUAUAACCCUCACAACAAGAAUCAUGCUGGUCCCACUGAUGAAGAGAGGUGAGUUCAGACUGGAAUCAUCUGGAUAUACUCUUUUCUCAGUGUUCAGCAACUUAGUUUGUGUCUGUUAAUGCCCAUCAAAACAGUUGAUGCAAAUGGUUAGAAGUCAUGAGAAACACAGAUACAAGAUUAUGAUUGCAUGGUUAAAUGCUUGAUGAAAAAGUAUGUUUGGCCACCAGAGACAUUCAACAGAAAAAACAUUCGGCAAAACAGUCAUUUAAACUUAUUGGGCCGAAAUCUACUAGGAGAAAUAAGUAUUUCAAUAUAUGGCCGAAAUUAAUCUCAAUCUAAACCCUCUACCUUAGUUUUAGAUUAAGUUCAUUUUUAUUGACAUGAAGACAUUCGGCAAGAAAUUUAUGCACUACUAACUUAAUUGAACAAUGUCUGUGUGAUUUCAUUAAUCAAGUUCAUAUUUCUUUAAAUAUCACCCUUGUCUCCUCUGAAUGUUAGUAGUGGUCGGUGUUAUGAUUGUCAUUUUUUUUUCAACAGGCACAUUGGAGACCUGGGCAAUGUGACAGCCGGAGCAAAUAAUAUCGCCAAGAUCGACAUCACAGACAAGAUGCUUUCCCUCACUGGCCCCUACUCCAUCAUCGGAAGAACCAUGGUGGUAAGGAAAAAUGCCAUUCUCUUCAUUUGACUGCUGUUUCACACAUGACGCGCACUAGAGGGGUUUUGCCUGAUGUAGCUUGUUAACUUGACUCCUGAUGUGUCCAAGGUGUGGGCCAUUACUGAGCAGAUUUUUACUCUAUUUCUGUACAUGUGAAGGUUUUUUUUUUUUUUGACUGUGCUGUGUGUCACAUGAUUUAGAUCCAUGAGAAGGGAGAUGACCUGGGAAAAGGAGGUAAUGAAGAGAGUCUGAAGACUGGCAACGCAGGUGGACGUCUGGCCUGUGGUGUCAUUGGUAUUACCCAGUAGACAAUCCGCACUGGAAACCACUUUUUCCUUAUAGCACUUAAAAGACCAACAUAGCUACUUGACAUGACAGUUUGUCUUUUUUCGAUACUCUGGCUUUUUAUUGUCUAGUCCAGAGAGUAGAUAAGCCAUGCUUUACCCUGUCUGUUCUUCAUUAUAAUUGUUUGUAUGGGUUUGUAUGUUUGCUUAUUAGUUUUGGUCCCAAAGAAUUGUUAAUGCACAAGUAAUUAACAGUCAUGUACAAUGUAGAGAGCUUAUCAAUAAAUUGUGAGUUCAUCUGAAUCAUGUGUGAUAGUUUUCAUUGAUCAUGUAUAUACAUUAAAAAAAAAAAACGAUAUUAGUGACAUAAUUUGUCCCCAUUGUAGGUUUUCCUUGUAGCCACUUUAUGUCCUGCUAUUCUUCUUCCAUUUAUGAAUGACUAAAAUGGUGGGACUGUUACUGUUCAUAGUUGUGUUUGUGGGUAUUUGUGCAUUUUAUAAAAACAUUAAUUGGUUGCAAUAGUGCAAGGUCUAGGUCUGGUCAUCCAUUGAAUAAAAGAUUUAAAAAUUGUGUUUAUUCCACUUGAACAUUGAAUAUUAAGUUUCCUCAAAUGAUUGCACAACUGAAAAAGAUUUAAACAGAGUUAAAAAGAGUUGUGACGCAAA